CUUGCCUCUUUGCCCAUCACGAACAACAACGAAAACACGAACUAGGCGCUGGAAUUUAUUAAGUUGCCAAAUUAAAUGUUUUACAUCAACAAAUGCUGGAAGGAAAAUAAUUAAAAUUCGUGCUAUGUACUGCCGCCAGUUGUCAAAACGAGUGCGUGCCAUUGUUUGAAAUGAUGCACCAAAUGAUGAUCUAAGAACAAAAGCUAAAACGCAGUGGACAAAUCAAGUGUGGCAACAAUAAGGGAACGAAAAAAAGAAAGCUUCCACAAUGUGCGACGGUGAAAUUUGUGAGCUAGUGACUCAGCAGCAAGCACGGCAGGCCGCACCGCAACGCAUUAACGGCGGCGAAGAGGAAAUGCCACAGGAUCACGUUGUGCCCCAGAAGAUACCUUCGCAUGUGAGCAUCGGCAACCCCAUCGUGAUCAAGACAAUAGAGGCCAGCGACCCAGUGGAUCCUUGUAAAGUGGCACUCUGGGGGCUGGACGAAGUGGAAGACUGGGCCAUCAUGGAGAACUUUUCCGUAAUCCUGACUAACUGCAUGCGAACGGAGCUAAUUGACGGCGAGGUGCUGCUACUCCUGACUGAGGAUGAUGUCCGGGCCCUGCGCUACAAUCUGGACUACAAGCUCUCAUUUGGCGAGCUCAAAAAGUUCUGGCUGGCUCUAUCCAGGCUCCAGAGGCUGGUGAAGCUCAGCUGCGCGUCCGCGGACGAUCCCGUGAUGAACGGCCAGACACAGAAAUCCAAUUCGCAGCCGCUGGUCGGCUCUGGUGGUCCGUCCUCGCCAUGCGCCUGCCCGCCACCACAGCCGUUGGACUGCCCCAGCUAUGUGUCCGACUGCGAAACGUAUUUGCGCAUGGGCAGAGGCUCCGUAGCCCCGGAGUAUUUUAAGACCGCCAUGAGCUUAGGUUACUCAUUUGUCGUGACCUGGAUAACGUCGUUCGUUAUGGUGAUUGUGCACGAGCGCGUGCCGGAUAUGAAGCGCUACCCGCCAUUGCCGGACAUCUUCCUUGACAACGUGCCGCAUAUUCCUUGGGCCUUCAACAUGUGCGAGAUCACGGGAUCGCUGCUGUUUACCAUUUGGCUGUUUGUCCUGAUCUUCCACAAGUACAGAAUGGUGCUGUUGCGACGCUUCUUUGCGCUGGCCGGCACCGUCUUCCUACUGCGCUGCGUGACCAUGCUGAUCACGUCGCUGAGUGUGCCGGGCACACAUCUGCAGUGCAAUCAGAAGGACUUUGCCAUCGAUGAUACCAAUGUGGAUAUGUUCGGUGCAUUGGUUAUGCGCAUGACACGCGCCUAUCGCAUCUGGAGCGGAUUGGGAAUGUCGAUACAGGGUGUGCGAACGUGUGGCGACUACAUGUUCAGCGGCCACACCGUUGCCCUGACGCUGCUCAACUUUUUCAUCACGGAAUAUACGCCACGCAAUCUAUACUUCCUGCACACACUCACCUGGCUGCUGAACAUGUUUGGGAUCUUCUUCAUAUUGGCCGCCCAUGAGCACUACUCCAUCGAUGUAUUUGUGGCCUUCUACAUCACAUCGCGUCUGUUCCUGUACUACCACACGCUGGCGAACAACAGGGCUCUCAUGCAAAGCGACUCCAAUCGGACGCGUAUUUGGUUCCCCAUGUUCAGCUACUUCGAGAGCAGCGUACAGGGGAUAGUGCCCAACGAAUUUGACACGCUCGGCACCCUGAUCGAUGGCCUGAUAGAUCAGAUAUUCAAGGCCAAGGACUUAAUGAUGGGUGGAGCAUAUCGCUACUGGAUGGAGCGCCAGAUGUCUGCCAAAUCAUCGAUACAUAUGUUUGGCGCCGAAUCGGACAGAUUCAUACAAACGCGCAGCUACAAUUUGCGACAAACGGCAAGCAACGCGAGUGGCAUUGCUGCCACACCGGUGGCCAGUGCAGCGUCCACGUCUCAGCCCCAGGCACAGAACCUAAAUGGUGGUGUCAGAGACAUCAGUCUUGAUCCCUACUCCAGUGCGAGCGAGUCUUCGGCCCAGACGCUCGCCAAUGUCCCGCUGCUGCGGGAGAAGAAGGUGCUAUGAUUCACCGCCAUUUGGCUCUUCCAUGGGGCUUGGCCCGACACUCUCAAAUCCAUUUAUCGAUGCCGUUCUUCGUAAAGCAACAACAUGCUGAAAAAACAAAACAAACCACACCGACUGAUAUUUUUAUUUCGAAACCUACGUUAAACCCCUCUUCCCCUUCCUGCAGCUCAGCUCUCCCCCUGUAAGUGUGCCUCUCUCUCUCACUCACUCACUCUGCAUUCUACCACUCGUAGUGCCUUCCGGGUGCAUGUGUAUCCCCCCCAGUCCCAGGAUGUCAGAACUAUCAUAUAUCUUCGUAGCCUUUCCCAAUCGGUCCUUAGUUAUUAACGUAUUAUUUGAACAAAAAAUUCAAUGGAGCAGCUAUUAAUGAUAAUCCCUCCUCAUUCCGUUCAACGAAGCUUUGAACUAAAUGUAUUUAUUAUUGAAGACUUCUUUAAGGCAUUAUUUUAUAAUUGUAAGCAUGUGAAACAAGUGUAUUUUUAGUUAUUUAGUGUUAAGCUGAAAGUUUCUGUUGAAUGCACAAACAAAAUCAAUAAAUCAUUAUGAAUAUUCUCAGAGAAGGCCAAA